AUGGUGACUAAAACUGCCACGGGAAGCCGACACGUCUCCAAGGUGGGGGUGGACGAGGCUGGCGACAAAGACAGCCUGUGUAAGAGCGCUGACAAUGUCUCGGGACCGGCUAGCUACGGAAGCACCGCGUCCAGCCACUGCUCGCUGGAGUCCACUGCACCUCUGUUGGACACAGGAGCACCCCUGGCGGACACCAGCGCAUCCCCGGCGGACCGCGCCGCGCAGCCCACGCCGCUCAGUCGGCACCAGAUCAGACUGCUGCUCGGCCUGGCCGCGAUCAGCUUUCUGAACGGCUCGAUGAGCGGCGUGGUGAUGCUGUUCUUCCCGGUGGAGGCGGCCCGGCGCGGCGUCUCUCUCACGGCCAUCAGCGGAGCGUUCAGCAGCGCCGCGCUCGGCCAGGUGCUGCUGUACCCGCUGGUCGGCCCGCUGGCGCUGCGGGUCGGCGUCACGCGCCUGUUCAACUGCAGCGCCGCCGCCGCCGGCGUCUCCACGGUGGCGUUCGGCCUGCUCUUCUACAUCCGGGACGACACCGGCUUCCUGGCCGCCUGCUACGCCAUGCGGAUGGUGGAGGCAGUCGGCAGGUCGACGGCCUCCGCCUGCGCCUUCACCAUCAUCGCCAACCGGCUGUCGCAGCGCGCCAGCUCUGCGGUGGCUCUGAUGACGGCCGCCGAGACGGCCGGCCUGACCGUCACGCCGGCGCUCGGCAGCAGUCUGUACGCGCUGGCCGGCUCCGGGCUGCCGUUCUACGUCACCGGCGGCGCGCUGACUCUGAUGUCUCUCGUCAAUGUCAAACUCAUACCGAACGUCGAGAGGGAGGACGACUCUUCUGGCGACCUGCUGUGCAGCGUCCGCGUGUUCGUCAGCUCUCGUGAGAACUGGCUCUGUAUGCUGAUCGUCUUCAGUUAUGCCAUGACGCUAAUGGUGCUGGCGUCCAGCACGGCGCCGUACGCGGACGCCGCGCUGGGCAUCACUCCGGCGACGUUCGGUCUCUACCUGAGCGUGGCGAACGGCGCGCACGUGGCCAUCAGCUUCGUGUGGGCGCGGCUGGUCGAGCGGGCCGCCAACCCGUACCCGGUGAUGGCGCUCAGCCUGCUGCUGGAGGCGGUCAGCCAGCUGCUGACGCCGCCGGCGCCGUUCCUCGGCCUGCAGCCCAGCUGGUGGCUGUUCGGUCUCGGUCUGACGCUGGUGCAGGCGUCCAUAGGAGGCGCGUUCAUCCCCUGCUUCGAGCUGAUGCUGGCGGGAAUGCUGCGCGCCGGUCUCCCUGACGACCUGCGCACGCACGCCCUCACGUCCAGCGUGUUCUGGAGUCUGAACUCGCUGGGGAAGAUCGUCGGCUCGCUGCUGGCAGGCCUGCUGAUGGACGCCUUUGGCUUCCCGGUGAUGAUGACGAUAGUUGCCGCCGAGACUGGGCUGGUGAUGCUCUUGACAGCCGCUCAGGCCGCUCUUAAAGCUCGCCAGUUGACGCGCUCUAAAAAGUAA